AUGCCAAAGCCAUCUAGACUCCAGGGUCUGAAUAUCCCUGUUAACACUGACGAAAACUGGGAUGCAGAUGACGAGGACUGUGGUUCUGACACCACGUUUGAUUCCUUUGACUCUGUGCCGCUGUCGCUGGCACUAGGAUUAAAAAAUGACGACAAAGGCCCAUUCGAGAAAUCCUUAUUCCAUUUCAGCGUCCACCGCGAAGAGUCUAACUUACUAGGCGCACCGGGUAAGUCUGAUGGCUGGAUUAGCAUCUCUCAUUUUCUCUGGACCAUGUGUGCUACACUCGCGGAUGCAGGCACUGAUCUGGAGUGGACAGCGACAUUCGAACAAUGGCGACCCCAGUGGAACGAAAUCCAGAUGCAGGUGAAGAGGUUCGGAUAUACUCAGUUUUCUUCUGAGAUCGCUCCUGCGCCAGUUGAUCUUGCUUUGGUCCGAUUCUUCGGAUUCGGAGUUGACGAGGAACACAGAGAGUUUGAGAUUGAACAGGAGGGUCCGGGUAGUGGCGCUGAUUGUCAGGAUAUUUGGACUCUCUGGCGAUACAUCAUUGAGACUCCUGCGAAUCAGAUUAGAGAGUUCCGUGUUUGUCUCAGGGAUACUGCGAGACUUGUUGGCCCUCAGUGA